GUCAGAUAUUUUUUAUUAUUCCUUCAGGAAGUAUCUUUAAAUACACUUAAAAGGAUGGCAAGUAAACUAGCCGUUCGCCGUGCCCAGGUACAUGUUCCCGAUACGUGUGCGUUGUGUGAAAGCAUACAGGACGUUAACUGGUACUGUAAUGACUGCCAGGAGGCUUUAUGUGACAAAUGUAAGGAUGGGCAUAAACGCGGGAAGAAAACACGAAAUGAUGACGUCGUACCAAUACGGCAGGCGGAAAAACAGAACGAAGUACUAGUAAUACUCCCAAAGGUAUGUAUGACACAUCCCGGUAAAUUACGUGAUCUGUUAUGCACAGAGUGUCACGUUCUCAUGUGCUCGAUGUGUUUUGCCCAGAAACAUAAACGCCACACAUUUAAACAUAUUGAAGAAGAAAUAGACUCACAGAAACAGUACAUGCGAGGUCAAUUAGAAACGUUAAAGUCCAAGCUCGACCACUUUGAUGAUAAUCUAGCAAAGCGUCACGAAGCCAACAAAGCAUUCAAAGACAGCGUUGAUGUCAUCCGAAAAGUUGUUCAAGCCCAAGGAGCAAAAUUGAAAGCAGAAGUUGAUUCUAUCGUUAACUCCGUUCUAGCCGAGUUAUCGUCCCUGAUUGCUGAAGAAGACGAAUCCUACAAACGGGAUUGCCAACCUUAUCAGAAGAACGUCAAAGAGAUAAAGCAGCUGAUCAGAGAUGUGGAGCAGCGGACAGAACAAAUGUCCAGUACAACCUUGUUUGAGCUGACGGGGAAACUGAGAAAUACUAUACCGCUUUAUGACGUUACUUGCCAGAAUAUACAUUCACGUCCACCAACCUUUGUAAGUGGUCAACUUAAUACAAAGAAGUUGGAAAAAAUGGUUGGAUAUGUUUCCGCCGGGUACAAGAAAAAGGACAUCGACAGUCAACAUGUCAAAAAAAUGUCUUCGUUCCAAGCCCCUCAGCAGAGCUCUGUAAUCUCAAUAUGUCCUACUGACGACAAUCAUGCAUGGAUGUCAGUGUUAGGAUCUAAGGAAUUGGUCAAAACCGACAAAAAGGGAAAGGUUACGGAUUCCCUUCAGCUUGAUUUUAAACCGCUGUCCCUGGCUUUGAUCAAUACAACAGAACUAUUGAUCACGUGUCGGGAUUCAUCACUGAUAUACAUACUGUCCAACGACAGACAAAUUAUGACUUUCGCUGACAUCAGUCCAUUUAAAGCCUGUUGUAUCAGUGUUAAUGACUGUGACAAGGUGUUUGUAACCACUCGUACUUCAAAAAUACUGGCACUGAACAAGUCGGGGAACAUGAUCAGAAAAAUCUCUUGUGGGCAGAUUGGGAUCAGAAUCGUAUGUUUGACAGCAGGAAAUUUCGCUGUUGCCACUGGUGAUGGUGGUUACUGUAACGAACUAAUGACCGUAAAUAAAUCAGAUCAGAUCAUACGUACGUGGAGUGGGGAACUAGACAAUGGUCAGAAGAUAGAACAGACGCUACAGUGUAGUAUAGCGCGUGAUAGAUAUGACAGGGUGUUUGUGCCAGACUUCGACACCGACCAGGUAUACGUUCUCUCAGGAAAUGAGGCAAAGGCCAAGUGUCUCCUAGAAAAGAAACACAGAGUAAUUCAACCAAUGGCUGUAUGUGUAGACAGGUGUGGACAUGUUUGGGUCGGCUGUGUUGAUGGUACAGUACAUGUGAUGGAGCUUUAAACUUAUAUAUCGGAGUGGUUGAAAACGAAAAACAAUGGUGUAGUGCUGCAAAAGGAGUAUGACGAGGAACUCCUGUCUUACCAACAAGUUAGCUUUUCCAGUGAUGAGAUUUAACCCUGUAACGCGCUCUAGUUCAGCUUAGAGUUUCUUACUUCGAGCGUGGUUAGUAUAUGGAUGGGUGACCACGCGCAAGUUACAUUUGGUGGGAGCGUCAUGACUCUGUGCAAAGGCAAGUUUCAGGUGGUUAGUAAAGGCGCAUUACUCAAUAGUGAGAACCAGCUGAAUAUUCCUUAGACCCAGUCUGUGACAUACUGGCAGGCUAGCUUUUCCAGCGAUGCGAUGUGGAAUAUUUCUGGUACUCGUUGACUAGUUCACCAGCGUCGAGCGUGGUCAGUGUCUGGAUGAGUGACCGCCAGCACGUUUAUAGUACAUUGUUAGGUUAAUUCGAUACAGCUAUUUGUCUAAGUUGUUGACGUCUUAAAAAACAUAUAGAUUCUUUUAGUGUGUAUUUUUACAUGAAAAGGUUUAAUAUUUAA